AUGCAGGGUGUUAUUUUGAUCGUCGUCCUGGCUUUGGCCACCGCAUCCAACGGAUCGUACCUUCCGGCCGUUCAAUCGGUUCUCCCGUACUCCUACAACUCCGGAGUCUAUGGCCUGAAUGCGUACGACGGAUAUGGUCACUAUUCUUCGCUUGGUGGCUUGGGAUACUCUUCGCUGCUGGACCACGGACUGUCGCAUCCUUACUCAACGGCUCUGCCAUACUCCGGCUACAACCAAGGCCUAUACGGAUACUACGGAUCGAAGUACGCUCCGACUGUUGUCCAGGCCAACGUCAACACCCUGAAUACGGUUGACCAUCUGAGACUUUAUGGCGGAUAUGCCGCAACUCUGCCGUACUCCGGCUAUAAUCAAGGUCUAAACGGUUACUACGGAUCGAA